AGCCAACGGCGUUAAAAGGAGGACAAAACGAUACAACUCAAACAGCGAGCAAUUUUCUCUUCUAUUCCAAUUCGAGUGCUGAAUAGUUAUUGUCGUCAAGUUUUGGGUGUCAAUAAACACAAACACCAGUCAAGAUACAUGCAGUAGGGGUGCACGUGAUAAGAACAGCCAUGGCCCAUUUCUCUAUCGCAACUCGUCCUCCUUCAACAUUAUCGUACCUCUCAACCUUCAGCUCCCCUCCUAUGGAAGCGUCACCUCUUACUCGCCAGCCUCAGCCCGAGGUCUUUACCCCGAAGAUCAUCCAACUCUACGAUUCUCUCUUCAAGGUAGAUAUCCGCAACCGCCGAACCUCAUGCGCCCGCCUCGACUGAUCGCCCUUGCUCGAAUUAGGAUGACUACGACGAUGAAGAGAAGACGGAUGGCUUCUGGGCAGAGUUUUUCCUCCUCAGACCCGAUCGCGCCGCCCUGAGACGUAUCCUUAACGAGUUGAGCCCCAGCCAUGUCUUGUCGCUCGAUGUGCGGACACAGGAGCUCUUUGCGAGGGGUAUAGCUGCGCUGAAGGGCUCGCAUAGCCUUGCGCAGUUGCACUCGCUGGACACGCUCAGUGUCUUUCUAUCAUGCCUCCUCUCCAAACGAUACCCACACCCGAGCUCCGAUAUCAUGGUCCUUCUCGCAGGACUCGAUCAGAUCGAUGCCGUGUUUACCGACUUCGUCAGCGCUGUAGAGGCUAUAAUAAGGAAUAGCAAAGAGUUGGAAGUUCGAUACAAGGCAGUUGAAGUGCUGUUGGCGGUAACAGCUGGAGCGUACCAAACAACACUGUUGACGUACCUGAUCCAAAGAGACCUCUUUCCUGCAGUCAUGAAGUUCAUCCAAGACGCAGAAACAUCAGAUCAAGUCUUACAACCCUUCAUAUUACUAGGCCUCCUAGCAAACUACAACAAAUUCGAGUUCCAGAAUCCUUACCAGCAAAGAUUAAACGACUUUGUCAACGAAGCAGUGAUUCAAAAGAUCGUAGGCGCAGUGGGACAAGCGUGUCAGACAGUUCGGUCUCGAUACAUCACCAUCCAGGACGAUCUUCCUGAAGGCUGGACCUUCAGCGCUACUCUCAACAUGAUUGGACUCGGCGCAAUCGCUCCUGGGCCGAAACCUGUGAAGAAGCCUGUGUAUGAUGUUGAGACUGCUAAAGCUCUCUUCACCAAGCUACCUGAGGAGGAAGCUGCUGUUCUUCUAGCGACAUACGACUUCACCCACGCCAACAAGCUCUUCUGCUUCAACCUAGUAACACAAGCAGCUGAACCAGGCGCUGAGCAACCCAUCGCCAGUUACGUCUCCCUCACCUCCUAUCUCCUCCAACACGCCUACCUCUCACCCCGCGCCACAUACUACGCCCAUCUUAACCUAAUGGUCUUCCGUCUCCUGAUCGAAGAUCCCACAAUCUGCAAGCGUAUCUGCAGUGAUGAAUCCCGUGUCGCAGUGCGUCUGUGUCGACAGCGCCAGCCCUACCUCCCUCUCGUCAAAGGCGAGCGAGUCCUCGCCAUUUCACUUCUUGACACUAUUAUUGACGGUGUGAAUCAUAAUCUUCGUCGUCGUCUCGAUGUCAGUCUUUACACACUUAGCUUUGGAAUCAUGCUUCGUAUCAUCUCAUAUCUCUCUCGUACGCGCACCCGGCUUGAGUAUCAUUGGCCUGAGUUCUUCCGGUCUUUGCUCUCCAUCGUUCGCUUCCUGGCUACAUACACAGCUGAUCUGAAGGAUCUACCACACAUCGACACCCUUCUCGACCACGUUGUUAACCUCAUCGCCCUAUCCCUCUCCGCUGGUGAAGCCUUCCUCCCUUCGCCAGCAGACUACGAUGAUCUGUUCUACAAAGUCGUCGAGUCCGGUGAAGUUCUCACCAAGUUCAAAGAGAACUACCGCCUGGGUAACCGUAACAGCAACUCCAUUGAUACGCUUAUCAACGUUAGUGCGCAUUACAACCAGAUGCUUUCAGAAGGUGGUGCGAAUCGUCGUAAGCCUAGUCUUUUGACGACGCAGGGGGUCACAGAGGUUAUUCGUCAGGGCUACGAGACGUUGAGUAUUCAGGCGAAGGAGGGACUGGAUUCAUGGGAGAGGUACCGGGAGGCGGAUGAGAGGACGUUGCUCAAGAAGAUGGCGAGAGCAGCUGUUGGUGAUGUGCGAGUCAUGGUUGAGCGGUAGAUUGUAUAGGUAGUCUAAUGUCAUCAUGACGCGGUCCAGACUGAACUGUGAGAAGUACAUGCAUUACUUUCCCGGCUGUGAUGUGUCCAACUACCCUAUUCCUAUUGUCCUUGCGUGAACGCUUUGCUGCUAGACAACAUCUCAGAGAUAAGCAAAUCAUAACUCCAUCCUGAGUCUGAAAACUCACUGUCAACUUCAACUCAAGUCUCAGUACUCAACCGAGUCAUGCCAACUCUCAUGACUCUUCAAGAACCUCAUAGCCUCAAUCUCCCCUCUCUCAUGACCCAUCUCUCCAAGCAUCUUCCCUAUCAACACUUCAUUACGAACAGGCAACGCACAAUCUCAUAGAACCCUGAUCCUUCAAACGACAUUGCGCAGAAGCUCGGCUAGUUCGGCUGGUCUCCACGCAGCGUCGCAGCACUUAAUAUGUAGUAUCUCGAGCUUUGUUCAUCCACUGAGCCUCCACCUACUCACUAGCCAUUUCAAGAUAGCAGAUCGUAGUUCGUUCAUUCGAGUCUAUCACGACCCAAUCUCUUGGUAAAUGGAAUCGAGAUUAUCUUGCAUUGACAGAUUGAUCAUUUGCCGAGGCCUAGUCUAUCUGGCAGCUGAAUUACGUCUUAUGACAGAGUUAGUUCUUAGCUGCGACUCUUGUCAAACCGGAUUCUCAAUUGUUCAAACAGUUAACUCAUCUGUCUUGAAACACGUCGAGUCACCGUAAAGCCAGACUAAUUCCAUAGCACAAACCACAAAACAAUCAAGUCCGCUCGUCCCGCCGCAGGCGAGAGUUCAGAAGUGUCGCACUAAGCCUCUUGACAAGAGACAAGGGUAUGUAACCACGUGGACGGGACAGAUGAAAAAAGGCCCUUCCUUGUAUCCGCAGGCCUCACUAAUGCAAUGGACUGGGGAAUUUGGUGAAGCUGAUACAGAUACAAUUGCUCACCAAAAGAUGAGAUAGGCUCAUC